CGGAAACGCGAGCUCCCUGGUGUGGUAACGCGCGUAUAGGGAAGAAAUCAAGAAACAAGAAUCGGGUGUGGAAACAUCAAUAUCUAUCCCAGUUAUAUCUCUACUGCAAAUCGCGGUUCCAUUUUUAUUUGCACGAAAAAGCAAAGUAGUUUAAAGAAAAAGAUCGCUAGUGUUUUCUAGCUACUUGAAGAAACUAAAAGAAUACCGAGAGCCUCAACAUCCGUGUUAAGACGCAUUUCUGCGAUAAGACACAGACACAUUACGCGUCCACGACCGGUAAGUUGCAGUCGCACGAUGACCGCGACCACGACCGCGCCAAGGUAAACGCUAGCAAGGAGGUCACGGCGCCGGUGAAUUGUGUUAAGUGCGCCAAGCGACUUAUUCAACGAGGUCUGCGAGGGAUCUCGCCGUUAGUAGUGUACACGUCGGUGAACGACAUACAUCCGGCGACAUAGCAUCUUAACAAUCGAUAUUGACGCAGCAAAAGAAACAAUAUUUAAACAAAUACUACCUCCGACUAGUAAAGUUUCCGGAUUAAGACGAAAGCGAAAUAAUAAGAGAAUAAGAAAACUCUGCCGGGAUGCUGCACGAGGAGCUAUUGAGCUCCAGCUAACACGUGGCGAUUACGCGCACACUCCACAGUUGCAAGGGCAGGACGGUGUUUCGUCGUGAGAGGCUGGGACCUCCAGGAUGCCAGGGGUGUGGAAGUUGCUACGUACGCUGAUCUAUAUGGUGGUUGGCUUGAGGAGCGUCAGUAGCAACAGCGACAUUUGGCCGCUGGAGAGGCCAGAGGGCAUGCCGGCCAUCCAGUCUUUGGAAGUGAUGUGCGGAAAAGAUCAUAUGGACGUCCACCUCUCAUUCUCGCAACCCUUCGAAGGCAUCGUCUCGUCCAAAGGCCAACACGCGGACCCACGUUGCAUCUACGUUCCACCGUCCACCGGACAAACGUUCUUUUCCUUUCGGAUAGCUUACGCGAGAUGCGGUACGAAACCGGACAUGCACGGACAAUUUUACGAGAAUACCGUGGUGGUCCAGUACGAUAAAGAUUUACUCGAAGUUUGGGACGAGGCUAAACGACUGCGUUGCGAGUGGUUUAACGAUUAUGAAAAGACCGCAUCGAAGCCACCGAUGGUUAUCGCGGACCUCGACGUGAUACAGUUGGAUUUUAGAGGUGACAACGUGGACUGCUGGAUGGAAAUUCAGCACGGCAAGGGUCCAUGGGCGCCCCCCGUGUCCGGUAUCGUGCCGCUCGGCUCCACUCUUACUCUGGUCGUCGCCAUAAACGAUUAUCGAGGUGAGUUCGACAUGCGGGUCAAGUCGUGCGUGGCUUCGGACGGCGGCGGUCACACGAUACAGCUCAGCGACGAGUUCGGAUGCGUGCUAAGACCGAAGAUGAUCAGCCGGUUCUUGAAGGCGCGCGGCUCCGACGACCGCGCGACCGUCAUUACAUACGCCUUCUUCCACGCGUUUAAAUUCCCAGACGCGUUAAGCGUUCAUAUCAAAUGCAAGGUGGAAAUAUGUCGGCACGGUUGCCUGGAUCAUUGCCAAUUGAGCGGUUCCGUAGCUCACUAUAUUCAAGAAAGAAAGGAUCAAAUACGACCACAGUAUAUAGAGAGCACGGCAGCCUCUAGCCUCUCCAAUGACAACGAUAACAGUAGCGCGGAUAAAGACAACGAAGAUGCGGAUGGCAAUGUGGAGCAAGGAGGUGGUUCUCUGUACGACGAUGUCAUCCAGAAUGGCGAUGAAAUGACGUCGAUCGGUGGACAUUUCCUGGAUGUUGAAAAGUCGAUUCCAAAAGCGCAGGCACAGACGAGUAACCGACGAGUACCGUCGACUGUGCCGAGUACUGAGACUGAAACGCAACACCACAGCGAGGUCCAGCCGGAUGAUGUCGAUUUAUCGAAACUAUUUAUGGAGCCAUCGCGAGUGAACAGGUAUGAAAGCGAGCAGGAUCAAUUCCCACAUGGACCACGGAAUCUGGAGGAAGACAAUGGCGCGGUGCCGGUGACGCCGCUCUCCGCCAGCGUUACCCGGCGAAAACGCUCGGUGACGGUAACGGACAGGAAAGCGCGCAGCGCUGACGUCGGCGUUAGCGGUAUUUACGAGGUCAUCUCCGAGGCGGAUCUGGCCUUUAGUCCGGACACGCAUGCCGAGGCGGUGACAGUUUUUCAGGGCAGGAUACGCGAAGAGGUCGUUUACGGGAUCUGUCUACCAAUGCCAGGUUUCAGCGCGCUCUUCAUCGUCGUCGCCCUCUCGGCGGUCGUUUCCGCCCUCGUUGCGGGCGCGAUGCUGCAUCGGCUGCAGGCGCAGCGGGACGUCACCGCCGGCAGCAGAGAAAACACUCAAACCGAAGUACACGCCAACAACAACGGCUGGUUGCCUUAUGGUCUGCUCCGCGUGCGCUGCACGGCGCGACCCGCUCAUCAUCCCGAUGAGCUGCAACAGAAGCAGACGAACAUAGUUUCGCAGAUUACCGCGGAUUCAUCGGUCGAACGAGACUGAUGACGAUGACGAGGCCUUAAACUCGCGUCAUCUUAAGACACCUUAAGACACCGUGGGCCAGGUGCGUCUAAGGAGAGACAAUGUGCAAUAAUACGCUGUACAAAGUAUCGUAAGUGCGGAGCUGAGCUGCGCGCGAUUAUAUCGCGGUUAGAUCGAGAGGACAGGCAUUUCACAUAGAGAGACACGCAGAGAGAUGAGCUAAUACUAAAGGAAACAGAACGCUAUUAUUCGACACUAUUGUUCGAGUGUCCUCCUGCGAAUCGCGCGACGACCGAAUUCUCGCGAAUCGCAGUUGUCGAGGACUCGUAUAUCUUUACUAGGUAUUUGCGUUAUUCUGAUGAUUUUAUAGCGAAGCUAUUCCAUAACUCGUAACAUAAAUAUUGUCUCAAUAACGCGAUGUUUUUUUUCAGCCGUUAUGUCACGAGUCGUAGUUUUCAAUUAUGAUCAAUUAAGUACUAAUAAAUACCGCAUUGUUAUGAAUAUUUCUUCUGAAUAUUACACAAUGACAAUAUUAUGCUCUUUUUACACAAGUUCUUCUUUUUACAUUUUGAAUAAAUCU